AUGGCCACUACGCUCCCCCGGAACACCGGUUUACGCGCGCAUUUACGUGCGCUGAGGUCGAUUCACAACGCGCCACGCUCAUUUGUAUCGGCUUGGCCGAAGUCACUUUGUCGACCGCAGGCACGCUACAACUCUACAGAGACGGUGGUCACCUUGAGAAGACCUACGGGUGGAUUCGACGAGGAGCCCAUCACGUACGACACUCAAAGCGGGUAUGGUUUCGCGCCCAUUAAACACGGCGACCUGGUCGGGCCCGAGGGUCGGUUUGAGAUCCUGCGCAAACUAGGGUGGGGUUGUUCUGGUACCACCUGGUUGGUCAAGGACGUCAAAGAAGACCGCAAGUAUCUGGCGUUGAAGGUCUUGACUGCAGGAAAUACCUCCCUCGUUUCGCGGGACGUAGACGAUCCUGCAGGGAUAGUGUACGACGAAUGCAGGAUCAUGCAGCGGGUCUCCGAACCUUCAUCCCACCCAGGCGCACAGUAUUGUCUAAAGUUGAUUAACCAGUUCUAUCUGGAUAGCGCUGCUGGUAGACAUCUGUGUCUACUGACAGAAUUAGCCGGCUUGACCUUGGGGGACGUGCAGGACAUGCUGGUGACUCGCGAUGGGUUUCCGAGUGAGCUCGCCAAGAUUAUUGUGCGAGAGCUUUGUCUGGCUCUAGACCACUUGCACAGGGAGUGUCGCGUCGUUCACGCAGACCUGAAGAUGAGCAAUGUCCUGAUCACAUUCAACGAUCUAGAUACGAGAGACUUGGCAGAGCUCCUCGUGAAAUUCCGCCCGCCAGAGACGUACCCAGUCCGUCGCAUGGACGAUGUUCACGUGCAGACCAUCAAAUCGCAGCCUCUCCCACAGCCGGGAUUUGCAGACGUCCACCCAGCACAUUAUCACUUUAAAAUUACCGAUUAUCGGUCUGCGCAAUGGCUGGACAGGGCGCGCCCAACACAUGUUCUGGAGCCUGUAGACCUGCGGGCUCCUGAAAUGAUACUCGGACUCCCAUGGGACGAGAAAGUUGACAUAUGGACCAUUGGGUGCAUGACUUACAAGCUAUUAGCCGGGAGAGUACUCUUCCCACAAAUUAGCAAUGCACAUCGUGACACCGCAGAGGAGAAGGCCCUUUCGGCACAGUGCAUAGUGCUCGAGCAGGAUCAUUAUCCGCUACGUAUGCGUUCUGAAGGUGAACGCGGCAUGGAGUUUCUGAGGGAGGACGGCACUCUUUUGUGCAUAGCAGAAGGUUCACGACUCCACCACAAUCCCAUCACAACGCGGAUGAAGCAAUACAAGGUGCCGAUUAUAAUGGACGAUCCUGAGACCGAGCUCGACGAGGCUGUCUCGUUCAUCAAACAUUGCACGGCACUGGACCCGAGGGAUAGACCCUCAGCAGCUGACUUACUGCUUCAUCCGUGGCUCCGGGACGUGCCGAAUAUUCUUGCCAAGUAUGACCAACCUCUCACAGCGCCAACAUCGAUACUAUCUCGCUUGGACGGAGCGCGUUUCACCCCAGUUCCCCAGGAGACAUGA